ACAAGGUACCUGAACAAUGAUGUGGAAACCUUGGAUACGGAAGCGGCGCCUAAUGACACAGCGCCUACCCACACUUGGCACAGCCUCUGUCAUCAGUAUAAGAGUGACCCUGUGUGUCCCAGGCUGCGUGAAAUCAUUCAGAAGCGUCAACAUUACUUCUUACCUCACUCAGCACCACAACUGUUUCAUCAUUUGCACCAACUUUCAUAUUUCCAACGUGCCGUCCCUAUCACGAUGACAAACCCGAUGCUUAGCGUUGUCAUGGAAGACGUAUCCGCAGGGGUCCUCGAGGUCAUCGUGGGCACACCCGAGAGCCGACAUGAAGUGUUCCAUGUCGGUAAAUAUCUGCUCCAAAUCCACUCUGGGUAUUUCGAAGGUCUCUUGAAAGACUACAAGGGAGACACGCUCCUAUGCAGAGUAGAUCCGGCCUAUUUCAGAUUCUUCAUACAGUAUUGCUUGACCAAAAGCAACAAAACACUAUCAGACCAUGUAAUGAACGAAGAAGCCCAUUACCUGUCUUGUGUCAAGUCCUAUAUCACAGCUCUGUACCUGCAAGCAGAUGGUUAUCAAGCAUAUCUCAAGAAUGCCCUCUUCUCCGGGCUCGAUCAGGUGGAAUUAUCGGCAAGAAUGAUCUGCGAGUUACUGUUUGUUGCUUACACACUUAGUAUUGAGGACAAGGUUCGCCAGCGGAUACACUGCUACGCUUUCAGACGUGUGGACCGCCUUCGGUCAGAUCCAGCUUGGCAGCAACUGAAGAGGUAUCGCCCGGGAGCCAUCAUUGGAAUACUUUAUUCACUUUCCCGCAAGAAGUUCACUGUCAAAGACCCUAUGUUACGCGGAGUCAAACAAAAAGAGGACAGACUCGAGCUGCCAGGAACAGUGGUAUGCAAUGCUCUACGAGUGGCUCGCGCACCAGAUACGAAAGAGCAUGUUCGACAGCGGACGCACUUCUACGCAUAUAAACACGUGAAGCGUCUUCGUAUGGAUCCAGCUUGGAAAGAAUUGGCACGCGACUGCCCUGAAGUUAUUAUUGCGAUUCUCUAUUCGUUAUCGCCAUACGCAGCUAGGUUCAACGGAAACCCGGUUGGGAAGACAGUUUUGAUAUAAGUCUCUGGGCAAAAACAAACACGACCGCAUAGUUAGGAUACAUAGUACGCAAGUGACACAUUCACCUGACGAUCUAAUCUCAUUCACCCACAGAUCCUUGUAUAGACCGCUUCUGGUUGCUUUGUUCACCUGGUCGAGACCAACAACCAAGUUUUCAGGGCCUAAAUAUUGCGAAGCAACACCACCACACCCAUCACACGACCCGCGUCACAACUCCAUCACACCUGACUCAAGGGCAACACAACAUCUCACUUACGACACUGUCGAUCGUAUCGUACC